AUUUAGGUUAGAACCCUUAACCCAUUAACAUGUGUUCACCUGACGAAAGGUGAACUUUUCUCCAUUGGCUCAUCCCUUGAGUCGACAGGAACUUGCAGCAAAUCAUGGCUUAUACCGUCAGAGAGAUUUGCAUCCCCGUAUUGGCUCUACUUUUCGGUGGAGCAGGAUUCAUCAUCUGCAAUGUCAUUACCAACUCCAUGUUUUGGAGGGUUUGGCAUUAUGACAACACAAACAUUUCAACCAUUUGGUUGGGUCUUUGGAACUUCUGCUAUCAGCCCAGAGAUCCUUCAAACCCUACUGCCAUCUUAGACAAGGUCUGCCUCAGAAUGAGCUUAACCUGGGAAUACCCUGGAGAAAUAUCUCUGAGUCAGGACCUAAUGUCUUUGGCCACGGUCCUAGAAGGAGUCGGUCUUUUAUUUACCUUUGUGGGCUUCCUGUGCACGCUGAAGGAGGAGCCUUAUUCAGAGUUCUACCAUUGUUUCCGAAUUGGUGGAACCUUUCUCACUGUCGGGUGCCUCAUAGUCAUAGGCACCGUGUCUUGGAAUUUCUAUCUAGACUCAGUCAGCAAACCGCUAAGCUAUCCUCGUGAAUUUCCGCUUCAGGACCAACCAGAAGAUAGAGACAUUGGGCCUGCUCUUCCUUUAGGAUCAAUAUCUUCCCUCUUUGGGCUUCAAAGCGGGGCCCUUUUAAUCACUCAUGGAUGUAGCGUGAGAGCAGUCAGUGAAACAUCUGUGCAAGUUUGAAGAGACAUCACCACUCAAAUAUGGCUUCUAAUAUUUGCACCAGAUGAAGCCUAAGAUGGGUGGCAUCUCAACAAUAUUAUGGUUUUCAAAUAAAAUCUCAUUUAUUCCGCAAAAUG